AUGCUUCUGCUGCUGAUCAAGUUGGCGUUUUGCGUGGCUACGGUGACAGCACAGGUAGAUAGCUCUUCACCGUUCUCAUUUACUUCAAAUGGCAAUCCGAUCUUGUCCAAUGGGUCGUGGUACUCCGGCGACCCUGCUCCGUUAGUCGUCAAUGACACGCUGUAUAUUAUCACGGGACGCGACAGCGCACCUCCGGAUGAGAAUGCCUUCGUGAUGAACCAAUGGGGGAUGCUCGUCUCAUCAUCCGCAAAGCCAGAGGGGGGUGCGUGGACGUUGGAUCCCGACGUCGCAGACCCUCAGGUAGUGUUUGCAUGGGCCGCAUCUGGCAGUGCGUAUGCGGCGCAAGUGGUCCAAGGUCAUGAUGGCCGGUUUUACUUGUACGCCCCGGUGACCCAGGCCGAUAGCACCAAUGAAGAUGCAUUUGCGAUCGGCGUGGCCGUCUCGGACUCUCCAACGGGCCCUUUCCAGGAUGCUCACCCCUCGGGCCCGAUCAUCUCCCAGUCGGUUCCACCACCCGGCAAUACCAUCCAGAACAUCGAUCCAACCGUGCUUGUCGAUGACGAUGGACACGUGUAUAUCUACUUCGGAACUUUUGGGCAGCUUCUUGGUUACCAACUAGACCCGGAUAUGGUUACAGUGACAUCGAAUGUUACGCAAGUGACCAGCCUGACGGGUUACUUUGAGGCGCCCUGGUUGAUGAAGAGGCAGGAUGUGUACUACAUGUUGUUUGCAGCAAACAAUGCUGGGUCUGAUUCACCCUGUACACCAACCUCGUAUCACGCCUGUAUCGCCUACGGAACCGCGUCGUCUCCAAUGGGCCCCUGGACGUUCCAGGAUGUAAUUCUCCCGAUUGUAUCCUCAACUACUUCUCACCCAGGAGCAGUCGAAUGGAAUGAUGAAUGGUAUCUAGUGUACCACACGGCCGACGCCAUUGGAGGAGGUCACUUUCGCCGUAGUGUUGCCUUUGAUAAGCUCACCUGGGACGAUAGCCAAACCCCCGCCAAAAUCAAUGUUGUGCAACAGACCUUCGGGCCUAAACCGCCAGUCCCGCCCACUUACAAUGUGGCACCCCAGGCGGUAGCAAGUUCUGCAAACCCGACGCCGAUUCAGUAUUGGGCACAGGCCUUGAAUGAUGGGAUCAUUCGAGCGAACCCUUUACCACCAGACUAUUGGAGCUCCUACGAGGCAACAGACUCACCCCAAAUAAGCACGCUCGUUUAUUCUUGGAAUGGAACGGUCCAGCUUAAUGGUACAUCUAUGGCGUUCUUCGCUGACCAUGCUGCUGGGGCUAAUGAAGGUGUUGCGCCUCCCCAGGAAUGGUACAUCGAAUACAAGGACGGUUCUGGUACGUGGCAACGGGCUGCAAAUACCUCAUCGUAUCCCCUGGAAGUGACCGAUACGCCCAACGUGGUGGCGUUUGAAACGGUGGAUACUGUCGCAAUCCGCGCAAUCUUAGUCGCGUCCGGUGCUCAGGGACAAUAUGCCGGUGUUGGCGUGAAAGAAUGGGAGGCUUUGUCAACCACCCUGCAUUCGUAUUGA